GCCUAGAGCGGUGGGCCUCUCCAGGAUUGGCUGCAGGGGUUCAGUUGACCUCAGCUCUGGCCAGUUGACCUCAAGGGAGCGGGGGGAAGGGUUGUUAGUUGACCUCAGGCUGGGCCAGAUGGCCCCAAGUGGGCCAGUUGACUUCAGGUUGCACCACUUGACUUCAAGGGAGGUCAGUUGACCUCAGGUUGACCAAGUUGACUUCAAGGGAGGUCAGUUGACCUCAGGUUGGGCCAGUUGUCUUCAAGGGAGGUCAGUUGACCUCAGCUUGGGCCACUUGACUCCAAGGGAGGUCAGUUGACUUUAGAUUGGGCCAGUUGACCUCAGGGGGGGUUCGUUGAUCCCCUAAGUGAUCAUCCACUGGUCCCAGGUGGGCUGCGAUCGGCAUGGGGGUUCUGGAACGGUUUGAGUUCACCCUCUGCGUCCCCCUCUGCAUGACCUCUAUCAUGAUCCUAUCGGUCUCCCUGGAGAUGGUUUACAUCAUCCUUACCGACCCCCGCUUGGCCCCUGCACCUGGGGUGGGCAGCGGAGUGCCAGGGCUGGCCACUGGGUCCUGGGGUCCUUUGGACCCACUGGCAGUGGGACCUGCUCCGGGUCUGGGCCUGGGGGCUUGGCGUGCCCUUCACCUCGCUUUCCUGGCCUUCAUCCUGGGCAACGUCAUUGGCAACCUCUGCCUGUUCAUCAGGAAGAAUCCCAGUAUCCGUGGGGUGUUCCUGUCUGGCCGGGCACUGGGGCAGGGAUGGGGUUACUGUUAUGUGUGUGAGUCUCACACACCCCAGCGCUGCUCGCACUGCCACGACUGCAGGGUGUGUGUACUUCGUCGUGAUCAUCACUGCGUCUUCUUCGGCCAGUGUGUGGGCCAUGCCAACUACCGCUACUUCCUCUGCUGCAUCGCCCACCUGUGGCUGGGGCUCCUCUACGCCAUUGUCCUCAAUACUGAGAUCUUCAUGGAGUUUCUACAGGAGGGUGUCUCUCUACACAGUGUCUUCCUGCUCAUCAUGCCCUGGGCAAUGCUGGUCACAGGUCAAGUGAGUGUCAGUGCCUUCUGGUUUGCCUUUGUGGCUGACACCUGCGUGGUGGGAUUCCUCUUCGUCUCCGCCUUCCUGCUCUUCCACUUGCAGCUGCUGCGGCACGGACAGACCACCCUGGAGUGGAGCGCAGGGCGACACGGGCUGUACAACCUUGGCUGGCGCAGGAACGUGACCGAGCUGCUGGGGCAGCGCUGGUACCUGGCCUGGCUCUGCCCCCUGGUCCCCUCCUCGCUGCCCGGCGAUGGGGUCACCUUCCAGUUCAGGCCUCUGCCAGCCCACGGGCCCACCAGCCUGUUCUGACCGAGCCCACCCCCGGGUCUGAGCGCCAACCCCAGCAGGCAACGCGACAGACAAGGACGUGGCUGCAGCCACCAAACCCCCACCCUCACCCUCGCUGCGUUGGAUUGGAUCCACAGCUUACAGUAGACUGCCCCUGCCUUCUGUCUUCGGGAGUUGGACUGGCGAUUGACUGUGUCCAGUCCCUGCAGAACCUCAAGGUGCCUCCAUCGGCAGGAUGGUCGAAUCAGCAAAGAGCGAGCGCACUCUGAGAAACCGGGGCGGGUC